UUUGCUGUUACGAUUCCAUUGAGAGAGAACAUUGGCGGCAUUGGUAGUUCAAAAGAAAUAGCUUUGCGUCAAUUUACGUUAUUAGAGAGAAGAUUAGACAAAGAUCCUGAGCUAAAGAAACAAUAUACUGACUUUAUGAAAGAAUACGAGCGGCUGGGACAUAUGGAGCUGGUGUCGAGGACAGCUGAACCAGGAGAACUGGUUUAUUACAUUCCGCAUCACUCUGUGACGAAAAAAUUCAGAGUAGUGUUCGAUGCUAGCUGCCGCACAGAUAGGGGUAUUUCUGUCAAUGAAGUACAACUGCUAGGUGAGAAGUUGCAACGAGAUUUCGUAGGCAUAAAAUUGGUAUCAUAGGCGACAUAAAAAUUAUGUUCCGCCAAGUGCGAAUAGUCCAAAGGCAAUGGAAUUUGCAGCGAAUCUUUUGGAGAGAUAGUACAAACGAUCCAAUAGGAGAAUAUUGGUUGAAGGUCGUAACAUACGGUAUGACAUCAUCAGCAUUUAAUGCUGUUCGAGCAGCGAUACUGUGUGCGAGGGAUGCGGCAAAGGACCACUCAGACGCCUCUAAAGUCAUUGAGAAUGAUUUAUAUAUGGACGAUUGCGCCACCGGAUCCAGGAAUGAAAGCGAGGCGAUAAGAUUUGCAAAGGACAUUGAUCAUAUUCUAAAAGGUGGUGGUUUCGAAAUGAAGAAGUGGAAAUCGAAUUCAAAAAUUCUCGUAGAGGAAAUGAGAUCAGAAGAAGAAGAACCAUUGUUCAUGUUUGUGGAUGAAGAGAAAGCAUCGGUCUUAGGUUUGAGAUGGAAGGUCAACCAGGAUCAGUUUACCUUUAUGGUCAAGACUCCAGAGCUAGAAGGUGUGAUCACCAAGAGAAAGAUUUUAGGCUGUGUAGCUCAGCUCUAUGACCCGAAUGGUUUCAUUUCCCCUGUAACUAUUUUAGGCAAGAUUAUUAUACAGGAUUUGUGGCGUAUUGGUUUAGAUUGGGACGAGCCUGUACCUGAAGAAAUAUCAAUAAGGUUUAAAAAUUAUUGGCAGGACAUCGGACGUCUUGAAGAAUUUACGCUGGACAGAUGGAUUGCUACAGACAUAGAUAAGGAAACUGAAACACAUGGAUUUUCUGAUGCAUCAACGAUGGCAUACGGUGCUGUAAUCUACAUACGAGUUGUGCAAGAAAAUGGACAGGUGAAAAUUACAUUACUAACAUCAAAAACACGUGUUGCACCAAUGAAAACAAUUACGGUGCCGAGACUGGAAUUAGCGGCGGCAGAAUUAUUAUCACGUUUGCUUGUUUAUGUAAUAAAAGAAAUGGAAUUUACUAAAGUUGACUACACUUUGUGGACAGACUCGCAGGUGGUGCUACAUUGGAUAAAAAAGAUACCGCGAAACCUGAAGACGUUUGUGGCUAAUAAGGUAGCAUCGAUACAAACAAACACUGAUGUGAAGAAAUGGAGAUAUGUUAACACGAAGGAUAAUCCUGCUGAUUUACUAAGCCGUGGCAUGAGUCCGUCAGAAAACAUACAUAACCAUUUAUGGCUGCAAGGUCCGGACUGGUUAUCACUAACUCCGCAGUGUGUGUUUCUGCCAAACACAGUGGGGGAGGCUGAAGUUGAAGUUAGAGCCUUUGCGGUGACAGAGUUUGUGGAACCAAUCCGGAUUACAACGCGUGCAAACAUAUAUAGAGUUCCUUUAAUUGAAUACGUCGACAAAUUAAACAGGGCGAUAGAUAUUGUAGCGUAUCUGUUUAAAUUCAUAUCAAAUUUGAAAGUCCAUUUAGCAGUUAGGCGAUCUAAGAGAAGAGAAACUUUGCACAUAGUGCCAGAUAAUGACCACAGAGCGCAAGCGAUGAAGUAUCUCUUGAGACAAGAGCAAGUGCAAUGUUACAACAAUUAGAUUACGAAUUUGGAAGAAGGUAGACGAGUUCCAGAAAAGAGUAAGAUUGAAUCGUUGAAACCUGUGAUGACACAUGGACU